AUCGCUUGCACAACUCUAGAUGUGGAUCUGGUGUGCAUAAAUGUAACAGAAAAGCUGCCAUUCUACUUCCGAAGGCCCCCUGUGAAUAUGGCAAUAGAUCGAGGCAUUUACUUUGAACUUCUUUACACGCCUGCCAUCAAAGACUCCACAAUGAGAAGAUACACAAUUUCAAAUGCGAUCAGCCUAAUGCAGAUCUGCAAAGGAAAGAACAUUGUUAUAUCUAGUGCAGCUGAAAGGCCUCUAGAACUACGAGGUCCUUACGAUGUGGCUAAUCUAGGUUUGCUGUUUGGCCUGUCAGAAAGUGAAGCCAAGGCAGCUGUGACUACCAACUGCAGAGCCACUGUGCUCCAUGGUGAAACUCGGAAGAGUGCCUGUGGGGUAGUAUACACAGUGAAGAAGCCUCGCAAGGUUGAGGAGGAAGAAACAACACUGCCAGCCUGUAAAAAAGCAAAGACUCAAGCUUGAGGACUGAGCCAAUUGCCAACAGGAGCCUCCAUCCCAUCUUUACCCAGUGUUGAGUCUUCCACCCUCCAGACAGCCCAGUUCCUCCCUUACUACUUUAUUUAGCCUGGAGAAGAAUUAUUCUGGUGUUCAAGUGAGGAAAGCUGUGGGAAUGAGACAACUGAAUGGUAGUUCACCACAUAGAAAGGUCAUGCUGGGCUUCUGGUCAAGGUCAGGAGACCAUCUCUCCACCCUGUCUUAAGGUUUUCUGGACUUAGUGCAAACUCAACACAACAUUUCUAACAUAUGGAAAUAUUCAGUUGUUUUAGUGCAUUC